UUGCAAGUGGGCUGCGUGGCACAAGCGGCACCCGCGGCACUCGCGGCGCUCGGCUCAUUAGUCAGUACGAAGCCCGGCUCCGACCCGCGUCACUCGUUCCGCGGCCCGCUUCAUGCGUCAAUCGUCCGACGCGAAGCCACGGCCGCCCGCCCAGCGCGCCGCACGCGCAUUUAAAAAUAAAUUAUAAAAACAAAACAUUUAUACGCUUUGUAUAAAAAACACUAAAGUGAGCGCAUUAGUAAAAACAAACUUGAACUUGAAAAUAUUUAACAGUAAAGUGUAAAUUCACGCUUGUGGUGAGAAUUAAAUAAGGAUGCCUAACUGCGAAUGCCGGUUUCAGGACUAGCCAAUUUUUGAAGACUGUUGCAGUGGAACCUUACGAGCUUCAUAAAAAAGUGGUUUGUUAUCGUCAUGGCAGUGGGACGACAUCUACCGGGAAAUUCGCACAGCAAUGGAAUGGAAACUUCUGGAAGAAAAAGUAGCUACAACAACGAGAGAUACAAUGUGGCGGGGAGCGCCGAUGGGGCGAGUCUCGAUGGGGGCUGCGAUGAAGGCGUUACACGUCUGACUCCAGACCUCCAUCCUGAUACUUUCGACAUGAACGAUCUGCCACCCAACGCUUACACAGUGGACGCGCGAAGAAUGCAACUAUACUCCCACCCACAUGUACAUCCUUCGGAGCUGUCGAUACAUGCGGUGUCCACACACGAGUUACUGAAACCCAAAGAUGAGCCCUCGUACUCGCUGGCACCAGCAACCAACUUGUGUUCUGUCAGCCUACCGCAUGCAGGUUCACCGUACGACAGCAGAAUAUGUGUUCAAGAAAAUAAUGGCGGUGAUACACCUAACCAAAAUGUUAAAGGCGAAGAAGAUUUAUCGCGGGUCUAUCAAACCCUCUCCUUGCCUACGCUAUCCAGAGAUGAUACCGGUUCAAACAGCAAUGAUACAAAAAGCAAAUCAAAAUCUGCAACUCCAAACAGCCCUGGAAACUCUUCAGAAAUGAAACCUCAAUCUACUACGCCCGCUUCUCAAACUCUCACCAAACCGCCUUAUUCUUACGUGGCUCUUAUUACUAUGGCCAUACAGAACAGUCAGACUAAGCGAGCAACGCUCAGUGAAAUAUACGCUUACAUCACUAAGGAAUUUCCAUUCUUCGAGAAAAAUAAGAAAGGCUGGCAAAAUUCAAUACGGCAUAAUUUAAGUCUCAACGAGUGUUUCAUAAAAGUACCUAGGGAAGGUGGUGGCGAAAGAAAAGGCAAUUAUUGGACACUUGAUCCACAAUGCGGGGACAUGUUCGAGAACGGAAACUUCAGGCGUCGGCGUCGCAUGAAGCGGCCUUUCCGAGCCACUCCGUAUUCAAAGACGUUGUUUGGUGACGGUUACCACGUAGCACAUGUCACCCAGCACGUGCCACCUCACAUGCAGCCGCUCCCACUAGGGGCUAGGAAUUAUUUUGGAUCGGGUUCGCCCUAUCCGCCUUCGUAUCCAAGAUAUGAUACUACGUGGCUUGCACAGUCAACGGGCGGGCUCGGGUAUGCUAGCGCCUGCGGCGGGAUGGGUCGUAGUCCCCCGGGGUGCUCGCCUCACAGCGCUCUGCCUCAUCAGUCGUCUCCAGUUCCAGUCAACCCCUUCACUACACAUCAGCUACAGGGGCAGCUACAAAGUCCCCUGCAGCCCAUACAGUCUAUGUCGAUGAACAGCUACAACCCCAUAGGAGUUACGACUUUGGACGGGUCUCCAAGCCCUGGUCCGGGGUAUGGACCGUCUUCUGGGGGAUUCUCGCCAAGUAGACACCACGAUAUAGUCACCUCGUCGGAUACAGCCGUGUCUAGAUUCCCUUUUUGGCCUGAAGGUGGUUCACCGAGCCCCAACCCCGGGUAUGUGCCUUCGAGCAGCUUCUCGCCCACCAGACGACACGAGGCGGUCACGUCCUCCGACGCCGCCGGCUCUCGCUUCUCGUUCUGGCCUGAGGUUGGCGUAAAAGAAGAAGCCUCACCAAGUCUUAUAUCUAACGGAGCACCAUAUUCAAAAUGCUUUAUGUAGUAUACCAAACCUGGAGGGAAACAAGACUAGAAUAUCCAUAUUACAUCUUAACACUUUGAGUGCAUUAAGAUAUAGCAUGGAAAUUACUGAUUGUAAUAUAAAGUUGAUGUAGUGAUCUAUGUAUGUAUAUAAAUAUUAGGAUAGGUAAGCGUCAGUUUUAUUGAUAGUAUAAUAUUUCAAGAGCAUGUAUUGUAAUUAUCUCUCAAGAUUCAAUUCAGUUAUACAUAUUGUUUGUCCUGAUCAAUCAAAGGAAGCUAGGAUCCCACCGCUUGAAGAAGGAAUUUAUCGAAGGUCAAUUCAUUUAUCUUCAUUAGGCUAAAUAAGCUCACUUUACGUCCAUUAUAACGAGACAUGGAUGAAAGUUAGUGUUAGGUUUGUGUGAGGAUAGAAAAUCUAUACAAAGUUUCAUAGUGAUAAUAAUUAUUGAAAAUUUCUAGGUAUGAACUUUAAUAAAUUGCACACGUUCGUACAUUCAAUUCAAUUCGUUUGAGAAGAUAUGUAAAUUUUGAACACGUUUAUUUAGAUCAAAGACAACAGAAAUAACUAACUAAAAAACUUGCUUUAUACACACACACAUACGAGUAAACUUCGAGAGAGGUUUUUAGUGGUUUCAACGGCAAAAAAUUGUGGAUUCUGGACUUGUAUUUGGUUUUGUGGUGACUACGGAAUUUUUCCGAGAGGAAUGGCGAUUACUCCACCGACAAGAGCGCAGCUCUUAUAUAUAGAGAGAGAGAGACGGAAUUUUUAUUUGGCAUGUAUCAAUAUAAUUAGGUAAAUUGUUUUUUUUUUUAUAAAGCUGUUUUCUGACUAAGUGAUGUAUGUAUCUAGUGUCACUAGUACAUAAUUAUCACAGGCCGCCUAAAACAGUGUAAAUCGGUUUUAGACGGCCUGUAGUAGUAAUCACUUUGAAGAAAUUGGAACAGGAAUAUUUUAAUACUUCUAUUUAAAAGAGAAUUGUUGAUAAAGUGUGGUAUGUUCCCGAAAAAUGUGAAACGCUUCAAAUAUAUUUGGCUCCGUUUAUAAGUAACUAGGGUAAAUGUGUUAGACGAACAGUUAGCAGAUAACGGUGCAGCAAGUAGGAUAAGGGUCUCGUAUGCAGUGGAACGUUUUAUCGUAAACUUCUUUCUUGCUGAUAAGACCUAUACAGCUUACAAGGUUCAACAGUUAAAAUGUAACGUUACAAGCAAUAUUAAUUAAAGUUAGAUUGCGCAGUACCUACUCGUUCGUUUCGACACUAGGUAUUUACCAGUGAUGUUGCGGUUGCCGGUUUGUAGGCAUCCGUGGAAGCGAAUGCGGACCAAAAAUAAAAACAACCUUAUGUGGGUGUAGAAAUAAAUUAUUGACUAUGGUGACGCUACAAAUCUACGUGUUAUUGAUGAUAACAUUUUUGCUUGAUGAAUGAUACCUACAUUGCAUCUGCAUCAAUAAAUGAUAAUGCAGAUAUUCAAAUCCAUGCAGAAGCUUUGCAAUUGCGGAUGCUGAUGCUAAUCCCUGGUAGGUACACGCUACUUGUAGUUACAGGAUAUUCUGUAAUGUAACUAGUUAUUGCUAAAGUUUGUACGCACCAUUAGAUAUGAACGUUGUCAAAGUAUAAAUUAGCUUUGUAUAAAUGUAUUUUAACUGUUCAAUGUCGUAUGAUUUCGAUGUUAAAACGCUUUUAAGUUUACCUGUAAAUUUUUCGAAUAAUGUAUUGUCGCUGUAACUUGUAAUAUCUCAAGUUAAAUACAUUGAUGUAUCAAAUAAUAAAACAUGUAUGUACAAACAAAAAAUCAUAAGGGAUAAAUAUUAAACCAUUAUUACAUUUUUUUAAAUAUUUAUUUACAAAAACCAA